GGCCUCGCACGAUGCGUGUGCGCACAGCAAACGUUCACACAAUAAAAACCAAACGUAGUACAUAUUAUAUUUUUCCGACGAACCCGACUUAAAUCGAUAUCACUAAAAUAUUCCUGUGAAUUUUGUGAUAAUUUUAUAAUUAGGACGUUUUAAAAUUAAAAUGUCCAUAAAGUGAAUUAAAAAGUGAAUUCAAUAUAAUACUGUGGUUAUCGCUGAAGAAGACAAAAUGAAGUUCACAAUUGACGUUUUGGGGAUUUUUCUUAAAGUCGUCGUUAAGAUUAACAAAGUGACCUUCGCACCGCUAGUGGUGUCAACCCUAUUCAUUCUCCUGACGUCACUGCUGGCUCACUGUGCGAGGAGAGUGGUCCAGAAGGUUGUGAAGGAACCCUUCGUCAGGUUGCUGUUCGAGGAGGCCAUAGCCGCUGCUGAACUAUGCGGGUGCUGCUUUGAACUUAUUGUGGUUGCGGAUAACUUUGGCGUAGCGACGUAUGCGAUAUUCCUGUUUGCUCUGACAAUCUGGUGGUCACUGAACUGGGGAGACGCUACCGCCUGUCCUUAUACUCAUAUCGAAGAUGUUAUUGAAGGUAAGGGUGACAUCCGGAAGGCUCUUCUUAAAACCUGGGCAGAACUGACCGGUGGUAUCCUGGUCUUCAAAUACGUGCAGAUGUACUGGGCACUGGAAAUCUCUGAAACACACAAGGAUAAGGCAUUCGAAGACUGCAAGGCUGACUUACAGGUUCCUGUGAUCUACGGUGCGGUGGUUGAAGGUAUAGCAACGUGCCUCUGUCGCCUCGCCUCAAGAGGUCUCGGGGACCUCAACCCUCGCUUCGCAACGGCCAUCGACUCCUUCAUCGGAACCUCCCUCGUUGUAGCUGCUUUUGACUACUCUGGAGGUUAUUUCAACCCUGUGCUGGCGACGUCUCUUAAGGCUGGCUGUGAAGGUCAUACCAUGUUAGAGCAUGCUGUAGUCUACUGGAUAGGAGCAUGUGCGGGAUCUCUUCUAUCAGUAUACGUUUACAAGUUGCCAGCCAUCCAGAAGUUUGUCAGAGGAAGCAGCGUGGCGAACGGAGACAGUAUUUGGGCGGAAAAAGAAGAUUAGAACAAUUCUUCUGUUGUGUCUCAAAAUUAGAGCGUGUAUGCUGGAAAGUUUUAAACAAUAUUAUGUCCAAGUAAAUGAUGUUACAGAUGUGAAGAAAACAGUAUUUUUUCUCAUUAUUUCGUAUAAUUCAAAACAGUAUUAAAAAGCCUUCAUAUUAUAUUAUUAGUCUGUCUAAACAUGUUAUCACGUUAAUCAAAUUAUUCAGACCGUUAUUAACCUCAAAAGAAAUAAUGAGAAAACGAAAUCUAAUUUAGUUAUUUUUACGUUUUGCAAUGCUAGCACUUCAGUUGGAAAAGGUUUUAAUAUAAGUAGAAAUUGAGUGUAGCUAAGUAAUUAUUUUCAAAUUUUUGCUUAUAUUACAGUUUUAUGAUUGUUAAAAGAUUAUUUUGAAGGCAUAAAAGUAAUGGCGUUCUGUUGGAUUUCAAGCAUAUUUUAAAAGAUUGAAAAGUUCUAGCUGACAGUUCAUGUACUAUCUAUAAUUUAUAACCAUCUAAGUGAUCCAGCAUACACAAAAUUUUUACGCUAC